AUGAAAAGAAAAAUGGUGAUACCAUUUCGGGGCUGCGAGCACCUGAGUCAGAAUUACAAAAGUGCUUACAAAGGUAUUUGAAUUUAACGGUGACAAUUUUUUUUGGAACCUGCAACAUAUAUUGGGACUUAACAAAUGAUGCGAGUCUGCCCUGGAUUCUUGUUAAAAUGUGGGUAACCUUUUUCCGAACGCUGAACGGGUAAAAACCAAAGAGCUGACGUAAUUUCGCUUGUGGAAGGUUUUUUCUUUUUGCUGGAAAAAUUUUGUGUAUUAAUGUCUACUAGGAAGGCAACUAAGAUAGUGAUUUCAGCUAGACUGCUGAAUUUUUUUGAAGUUAGAUAGAGGUUUCAUUAAACCAGACAAACACGUCGUAGACUAAAGUAUAGUGUUUAUUUAUAAUUUUUCUUCUGAGCUGUUAUCGAUACUUUAUCGCUUUUUAGGCUCAAGAAUUAACUGUUUACAGAUAUGGACGAAUUCUGUGAAGAGAACUGAACAAGAAAGAACUACAGAAUGGAAUAAGUUCAAACAAGUAGAGCUGGAUGAAAUUCUUUAUGGAUCCUCAAUCAACAAACAAGGUUCAAUUCAGAAAUGUUUGGAGGGCACAAAGUUGCUAAAAGGUAUAUUAAACCCUGCUGAUACUAGUUUUGUUAAAAUCUUCAAAACGAAAGAGUUAUAGCAAGUUUCUCGGGUCGCAGUUAAGGUUUUUUCUAGGUUUACUAAAGAAAACAAUCCGGUAAACUUGACAGAUAAACUAUCAGAUGAAGUACAAUAAGUAAACAACAGUCUAACUAUACUGAAGUCCAGAAGGACCAGCUGGGCCGGCUAACAUGCAUGAUUAUGUUAUUAUUGUGUAUCAAGUGGGUGUUACCCUGAAAAUUUGGAGCAAUUUUUUUUAAUGAACGAAUGUCAAGAGAAUUUUUUCAUCUUUCUUACGUCUGUACAAGUCUUAUUUGGUUAUAAUUUUUUAAGGCUUAUCGUUGGAGAUGUUUGAUGUAACUGAUUUUGUCAGUACUUCCUUGAUAAACACUUUUUUCGGAUCUUGGGCUUUAAAGAAAGCAAAAAACACUAAUUACACACAGGCAAUUAAAACUAAAAACUGAAAUUCGGUCUUUUACAAGUUCAAAGGACCUAAACAGGUGCAAAUGAUUGACCAUCAGCGCUUCUUUCUGUAUCAUUAAGCGUCUCUAAAAAUUAUUGGAUUUCUUAGUCCUACAGGAGUGGAUGAGAGACAGGAAUAACAUACUGUAUAGAUAUAGCGUCAAAACAACUCAGAAAACAUUUUGAAAGGUGGGAAAACAUUAUUGGUUGAAGGAUACCGCACACUUCUAUAACUUACGAGGGAAUAUUUCAGCUUCAUAUAUGGUAUAAAAAAUAAACCCUUUUUUCACAGUCGGAAUUUAUUGAUGUACACAAAUGAAGACAUACCCUUAAGCACCGGGCUGAAUGAUUUGUUAGAUGGCGUAUUGUGAUUUUUGGGGGAACUUCUUAUGACGGUCAAUCAUGUGUUGUUUUUAAUUUUUAUUAUCCUUGACAGAAGCACUCAGUUAAAACAUCGUUUUAAAAAGCAUUUGAUUUAAUCCACAACCAUAUUCGCGGAGACCUAUUAGGGAAGGCAUACCCUAACAGUAGUCUUUGUUACUAGGAAUUCAGUUAUUUGUGAUUUUGAUCCUUGAAUUCAGUACUGGUGUAGACUAAAUUUAAGGUUUUUGAUCAGUACACAUGCAGCUUAGCUUGGGGACUUGUUUACGUCUUCAGUACAUACCUUAGCGACAAGGCUCGACCAGUGACUCAGUAUGAGUUAGCAUUGACUCCUGUUCAGUGCUUUAUUUCUUUUAGUACAUGAAAUGUAUGAAAUAAUACUUCUUUCGACAACAGUUGCCACAAAUUGUUCAGGUGAUUUAGAGGCAAAUAAACAUAAGAAUAUGUUUAAUACAAUGACUGAUAUGAACUUUAUCCGAGGACUUAUUCACAAGUAAUCACACUUUUAGGUUACUUUUAACCUUGUUAAAGUCUUAAAGCCAAUUAACAUAUCUUUUAUUGAUAUGUCGUCCAUCUAAUGAUUCUUUUCUUAACUAAAUUUGACGGCAUUCCUGUGGCUAUUUCGAUUAACCUGAAGUCAGUAAAGUUUUCUUUUCUACCUAUAUAUUGCUACUUAUUAUUUGUCGCCGGAUUCUUUUUUUCAGUAAUGUUCUAGGCUUUUUAUUUCAAUGUUUCGUUUUAACUCAAAUAACAAAGCGCUAAAUACCUUAACAUUUCAGUCCUGAACUCAACCCAUUCUUAAAUUAGGGAUUGAAAUAAUAUUGCAUACAUUUAUAAUGAAUCCUGUGACAGUUCGAAAAAGCCGAUACAAUUUAAACUCAAGUUUAUUGGUGAACUUUGUUUGUCAUUGAAAAAAAAAUUAGCCUGUUUAAGUCCCAGUUCAACAUCUUCUCGAAGUUUUAUUUGAAAUGUUCCUCGGUUAAAAAUAAAAUUGGGGGCAAAAUCGUAAGAUAACUUCCUUUCUAAUGACUAUCCUGGUUUUAUCUGAUUUAACUGAAUAGUUUUAGGACACUGGUUCAUUCGAAUUUGUGACGGGUAUCAACACACGAGAAUAAGAUUGGCCGUAAACAUAGUGAUUAAUACAAAUGUGUCUUGCAAGAAACAGGAGGACACUAAUAAAACAGAAAUGUGUAUAAUACAAGGUAGCAACUCAUCAUUCAAUUUAAUUAAAGUAUCGAAUAAAUUUGCCAUUAUAUUAGCAUCGACAUUGACUUUAAUUUGGAUUGUAUAUUUUAUACGCGCGCUAAUUCCUCUAGAUCUUAUUCGAAAGACAAAACAAUUCUAAAAGGUUUAACCAUAAGCCCAAAAUGUCAAUUAUGUUGAUUUGUGUCGAUUAUGAUCUAGGCAUUUUAACUCCGCAAUAUAUGGCUUAGUUCCAAACUUUAACAUGAUAUAAUUACUUUUUGUAGAAAAUGUAAAAUUGGAAAAGUUGCAGGUGCAUGGGAACGAAUAUUAUAUAUUGGCCAUGAAAACUCCGGUUCCUUUUUAAAAACAAGAUUCAUUUUAUAGGCGUAGUCUGGCGUUUGUAAUGGCGUUCUUAUAUCCAACUGAGCGCACUUCGCUUAACUUAUCAACAGAUCCAGUUUCUGCAGGCAUUUUAAAGAAUCCUUCAUACUCUGGGUUCAGUCUUCAAACAGAUGCGUCUCCCGCACCCAUGUGCUUGCCGCAAGGUGUUCGGCUUGUGAACAAGGGACACCAAGUUGCUGUGGUAUGUUCUCGUUCUUUUAUCGCCAAGGGAACACGUUUUGGACCUUACCAAGGGAGAGUUGUUCGGCCUUCCCAAGUAAAAGAAGGCCAAAAUAAUGAAUUCCUGUGGGAGGUGAGACUAGUUAAGGAGGCAAUUUGUCUUGCUGAAAUGAUUAAUUCUUAGAGAUUCUCUAGAGAUAGAGAAACAACCUCUAACAUUUGUUAAUAUUGAAGUUUUGGUUUUUGUGCCAGUAAUCGGGCACGAAAUCCUUGUAAACCAGUAGGAAAGUUUCUUGUCACGUUUUCCUAUUCCGAAACGAUUUCACGGAUUGAUAUUCUUUAAGGCUGUUUAUUACUUGUAAUCGGAAUACACGUACUUAAUUUAAAAGGAUAAAAAAAUUAUACGUUUAGCAAUGCUAUGUUUAGUAACUAUAUUUGCGUUUCCUCUUGGGUUAUUUCGUGCUAAGGUAAAAUUUGGAUCAAGUAGGAAAACCUUUGGGCCAAAUUGGCCGCAACAUACUAUUACUUCAAUUUUUUUACUGCAUUUAAUAUAUCUGGAGUUAACACUAGCCAAUUGAUGCCAAAAUAAAGUGUGAGAGACAUGAAACAAACAGAACACUUUAUAUUGGGAAAACCUGAAAUAUAGUAAAAACAGGAGACAAAAGAAGCUAAAACUGUGUUUGCUCUCCAUUUUCAUUAAUACAGAUUUUUAAAGAAGAUGGAUGCCUGGCUUAUUAUAUUGAUGGCCAAAGAGAGGCACAGAACUGGAUGAAACUUGUUAAGUGUGCACGAAACAGUGAAGAGCAAAACCUUGUUUUGGUUCAAGAUGGCGACCAGCUGUUUUACGAGUCAUGUCGCGAUAUUUUACAUGGAGAAGAACUGUUGGUUUGGUAUGGGAACAACUAUCACAUGUUUAUGGGAAUUCCAACAGGAAUAAAGACUUUCCCAAAAAAGGAAAUAAACAACGAAGCUCUGCAAGGUGAGGGGGAGUUGUUUUUAGUUUGAACUCCAGUAAUAAUUAUGUAAAAAGGCGAACUAAGUACGGUUAAAAAAAUUUAAAGGACCCAUGACGGAAUAGUCGAAUAUGACAUUAUUGACUUUCUCAAAAACACUGACCGCGCCGUACCUCCAAAAUAUAAUCAGUUUUCUUUAUAUAUUGAUACGUGUGAUAAACUUAUAUAUUGGGUGCAAAAGGGAGAGGAAGUCUAUGCUAAUUGAAGAGUAUUUCGGAUAUCUCACGAUCUUCAGUUUUCUUUAUAUAUUGAUACGUGUGAUAAACUUAUAUAUUGGGUGCAAAAUGGAGAGGAAGUCUAUGCUAAUUGAAGAGUAUUUCGGAUAUCUCACGAUCUUGAAUACUUUCAGACGUAAAAUAGAAGCGGGAAUUUUUGAAGAUUUAAUACGUAGUUUUAAUGUUCUCCAUCUUCUUUGGUCGCUAUUAUCUCUCUAUUCGCUCUAGAAUGAGAUAAAGGGAAUGAGGAUCCAAGUGAAUAAGCGAGCGUGCCGUGUGCCUUAGGGAUUCGUUCAUGAAAUUUAAUCCUUUGCGUGUGUUUCGCAGAUUAAUUUUCCUUUUUUGCAAUUGAGUUUGAACUUUGCCAACUUUCUGCACAGAACUUCUAGAUGCGCACAAAACCCGGCACGUGGUAUUAAAUUUAAUUGCAGUUAGUUUCAUUGAUAGUAAAUUAAUCACGUAUGUUUACAUUCCACCAUAGGUCUGUUUGGAAGUUUUUCCUGUGAGCGGUGCGGUAAGGUAUUUGCCUACAAAUAUUACCGUGACCGUCACCUUAAAUACACGCGCUGUGUUGAUCAAGGAGACCGAAAAUUCCCCUGCAGCAUGUGUGACCGAUCAUUUGACAAGCGUGAUCGUCUUCGCAUUCACGUUUUGCAUGUACAUGAGAAGCAUCGUCCUCAUCAAUGUACAGUGUGCGGCAAACGUUUCUCACAGUCAUCCAGCCUCAACAAACAUAUGAGAGUUCAUAGUGGUGAGAGACCUUACAAGUGUCCACACUGUAUCAAGGCUUUCACGGCUUCUUCUAUUCUGCGCACACACAUCCGUCAGCAUAGCGGUGAGAAACCCUUCAAGUGUAGGCACUGCGGACGAGCCUUUGCCUCACACGCGGCUCAUGACAGUCACGUGCGUCGAACUCACACUAAAGAGAAACCUUGCGUGUGUGAGUAUUGUGGAAAAGCAUUCGCGCAGUCUUACGAACUUAAGUUCCACAUUAACAUGCACACUGGAGCCAAGCCCUACACCUGCGAAAAAUGUGGCAGAGCGUUUUCAAGUCCAUCGUCACGUGAUCGUCAUCGUGCCAAUUUUGACUGCAUUACGAGAAAAAAUCGUGCACCUAAGGUUAUGCGAAAGACAUUAAUAAACAUCUGA